CCGGACAGUUUCAGUGUAACACAGCCUGCGCAUGCUCAAUCAUCCAUGUGGUGGCUUGUUCGCAUGUUAGUAAUGCUCACUGGUCGAGUUCUUUGCGUUGCCUAAAGUUUGUGAAAAUUAUACGACAGUUGUAUUGUAGGAAAUGGGGGGAACUUUGCAUAUCUAAAACUAUCGGAGCAUUGUGAGUUUUUUCAAAGAGAGCGCACUCAUUUCUACGUGCUAGUAUGUUAGCAUGACUUUGUUUGCUAGCUAGCUAAACGACGCAGAGCAAUGUUGUUAUCUAAAUUACCUCCAUUAAACUGUAUUGCCUUCUUUAUUCCCUAAAUAUCUACAAAUUUUGCGAGCUGGCACACAAGUGUAAUAGGUUACAACAAAAUAUGUCUCUACUGCAAGACUUAAUUGUUGCUCUCAGCUAAAUCGUUUUAACCAAAUCAAACGAGUGUCAACCAUUGCUAUAUUUUUGACUUGACCAGUAAUGUGAUGCAGUCCUGUAUAAACAGAGGAUGGACAGAGAAUUGCUGAGGCAGUGUCUGGCGUAUCAUGGAGAGCCACUGCUCAGCAAGCUGAAAUGUGAACAAACAGAAAACCCAGACUUUGAAGCUGUGGUGUCUGACUUAUGCAAGGCCACGUAUGAAAGUAGCGCUGAAAGGCGUGGCAACCCCCUCGUCGAGCAGUUCAUUGCCAGGAAGGCUGACAUCCUGUUCUGUCCUGCCUGGAAGAUCACAACACAUCAAGAAGAUGAACAUGAGGAGGAGGAGGAGGCUGCAGAGCCCUGUGCUGUCAUGCCACCUUUGGAACUAUUCAUGGAGGUGUCUUAUGAGGAAAGAAGAGCCAUGCUGUACAGGGACUUAGAAAGAGGAGACAUUGUGGUGGGAAGGAUCAACAACAUAAGAGAAUACGGCUUCUUUCUCACUCUGCUUUGCACGGCAGCAGGACUGAAGAGAGACGUAGAAGACCUGGAGCUGUCGGCUCUGUGUCACAUCAGAGAAAUUCCCUCCACUGGCAGCCAUGAUGAUCCUCUGUCCUACUACCAGAUUGGAGACUUCAUCAGGGUGAAAGAUAUUGACCGCUACCAGGAGAAAAUCACAAUUUCCCUCCACCAGACCUCUGUUUCUCCCAGCUUUGAGCGCGUCAAACUGGGUGUCAUCACCCGAGAGGAUCUGCCCAAACACUACAGUCGUGGUGUUUGUGCAGCCGCAGACUCCAGUGAGACGUAUGAGCGUUUACUGAGGGGUUGCCAUGGUUACCACAACCCCUCUGUAGUGGACUACCUGCUGGAGAAGGUGGGGGUUAGUGACACCCACCCACCAUCAGUGAUGAGGGGACUACAAAGUAAACUUUUCCGAGAGGAGGAUUUUGCCUCUGAAAUCAGGAAGAAACAGUCUGCAUCAUGGGCCUUGAAGUGCGUCCGUGCGGGUGUGGACCACUUCAAACACAGUCGACAUGUUGAAGCCAUGAAUGAAUACAACAAAGCCUUGGACAUCGACACUAACAAUGUGGAAGCUCUGGUGGCACGAGGAGCUCUGUAUGCUAACAAAGGCAGCAUCAUGAAGGCUAUAACAGACUUUGAAUUGGCCCUGGAGUGCAGUCCAGAUCACCGCAACGCCAAGAAGUACCUCUGCCAGACACUGGUGGAGAGAGGGAAACAGCUUGAAGAACAGGAGAAACUAGUAACAGCGGAGGGUUUGUACAGACGAGCUUUGUCUCUUGAUGAUUUAAAUCCUGAGGCACAAGAGGCCCUGCAAAAGAUCACAGAAACCAUACAGAAAUCGAUUCGCCUGCGAGAAAAAGCGCUCGCUAAGGAGCAAGUGAAGGCUACGAGCAGCCAGACUAGUGCUGAGAAAUUGCGUAAGAUCUUAAAAGAGGAGAAGAGGAUGAAGAAAAAACGAAAGAGAUCAUCCUCUUCCACCUCAUCAUCCUCCACUUCCUCUAGGAGGAACUCCUCUUCUUCUUCGUCUUCCCCCUCUCGCAGGAGGUCCAAAAAGAAGAAAAAGAAGAAGAGAAGGUCGGAGCGGGGAAGUAAGCACCAUCGCAGGAUCUCCUCGAGGGAGAGCAGGAGGAGUGAGGAGGAUAAAAGUGAGAAAGACAGGAAUGAGGAAGAGGAGCUAGAGUGGUACCCUGCUCCUCCCAACACCUCCGCCACCUUUCUCAACCAGAAGGGAGGCCCCGGCUUUGGGGAGAAGGAUGUGGAUGAGGCGGAGGAGAAGGACCCUGAUGAGAGAAGGAUCAGUCGGCUGUAUUCUCUGUCGGCGGCUUCAGACAACGACGAGUCUGACUCCUCACGCAGAGGAAAGAAGAGGAGGGACAAAGAGGAAGGCAGGAGGAGGAGAGGGAGAAACAGUCAGAGUAGAAGCACAGAAAGAGCAGAGAGGACGAGUGGGAGUAGAGAAAGGAGGGAUAAAAGCAGGGAGAGAGGGAAGGAGGACAACAGCAGAGACAGGAGAGACAGCGACACCACGAGGAGAAGCAGCUUAGACGAGAACAGAAAGCGGAAAGUAUCCUGCUCUUCGGCUGAGUCCGAGUAUUCACGGAAAUCCUCUUUCAAAUCUGAAUAUGUAGGGAGCUCUGGCUCUGCUUCCAAACACUCGGAGAAUAGAAUGAGGCACAACGAUGCUGGUAGGUAUGAAAACAGAGCACGGGAGGACGCUCGAGAGGUAGAAGAGGCCAAAAGAGAGAAGGAUGGUAGGAAGGGGAAGCCAGAGGCAGAGAGCAGCAGGUCAGAGGGUGGACACAGUGCGAGAUCAGACUGUGCCGGGAACAAUAAACAGAGUGGUUUGAACUCGGUGCCAGCAGGUGGGCCGAAAAAAGACCUCCCUUCUAACCUGUUAGCUAUUUUCAAUCAGAUCGCUCAGUUCGAGAAGGAGAAGGGAGUCAGGCCGAAAUAACAAGUCAAAACCAAAAGUCCAGAAUGUGCCCAAUACUAGUGAGACAAGACUUUGAAACAGAUGUUUGUACCAUGGAUUCAUUCACUCUGGACUAUAUGUCAGGAGAGCACUGCAGAGGCAAUGGCCAAAUGUGGUGUCGACUGAAUGUCCCCAGCUGUUGUAAGUUGCCUUCACUGUUAGAGAAAACCCUUGAGUCAUUUCAGUUGGAAAUGUCUUCCUCUUUACGGCAGAUUUAAGGCCUGUGAGUGACUGUAGUAGUUGUUGGAUAACAGCUGCUCAAAAUGUAUUAAAACGAUCAUCUGAAUGGGUUGAAAAUAUAAAACUAAUGUAAUACUUUCCCAAAUAAUGUGAUAACAUGUUAUUGUAACUGGUGAUUGUGGGCUUGUUUCAGAAGAAGAACAACUUGCUCCAUUUAGAGAUCAUUUUUGUUACAUUUUGAUGAAUGAUUAGAUUAUUCAGCACAUCAGACAUCAGUUGCUGCAGGCUUUAACAUCUCCUUUUUGUGCUUGACUUUGGUUGAGACUGUUUACUUUGUUUACUGAAUGUGCCAGUUUGUGCCAGUCCUUCUGUGUCUUGUUAAAUGUUUCGCUCAGCAGCUCGACUGUUAGUACUUCAGUACUUUUUCAAGCUUUACAAAACGCAGACAUGUACUCCUGUAGUGAAACACUCAGUUAAAUCAAUAAAGAAUUUGAGUGUCAAAACUCA